AUGUCGAGACGAGCUGCUCCGAAUCCGGCUGCGGAACGAGCAGCGCAGAACCAGGCGACAAUCAAGAGCCUGUUAAAGCUGGAAAGCAACAAGAUAUGCGCCGAUUGCAAGAAGAACAAGCAUCCACGAUGGGCCAGCUGGAACUUAGGAGUCUUUAUAUGCAUUCGAUGCUCAGGAAUUCAUCGAGGCAUGGGAACUCACAUCUCCCGCGUGAAAUCAGUUGAUCUUGAUUCAUGGACCGACGAACAACUUCAGAGCAUCCUCAGCUGGGGCAACGCGCGAGCCAACAAGUACUGGGAGGCCAAACUGGCUUCAGGACAUGUGCCAUCCGAAGCUAAGAUCGAAAACUUCAUUAGAACAAAGUACGAGCUCAAGAGAUGGGUUAUGGAUGGCCCGAUCCCGGACCCUGCCAGUUUAGAUGUUGAGGGCGAUGACGACAUCCCCUUGAGCAUCGUCAAAGAGAAGCAAAACAUCGACAAAAAGGAGUCAAUCCGGAAAGGGUCCGUUGGUCAAUCCGCUGCACCCCGACAUGUGGCAGCAGCACCUCAAGCCGAUCUGAUUGGCAGUGAUGAUCUACCUCCGCGAGCCAGUACUGCCGGGCCGCGGUCUACCCAAGCAACGCCCAAGGCUGCGCCCGCACCUCCAAAAGCGACGACGACCAAGGACUCAUUAUUUGGACUGGAUUUCCUCAGUGACGCGCCUGCUGCUCCUCCCCGCCCAGCUAGCACCACGGGUAGUGCAGGUAUGGGCGGUAGCCAGUCACGGCCAGACCUCAAGCAAUCCAUCCUGUCUCUAUACGCUGCAGCACCGCGACCGCAGGCACAACCACAACCUUCUCAUGCUUCACAAGGCUCAUUCGGUGGGUAUGGAGGGAUGAAUUCCCCACCUCUGCAAUCGCCGACAUUCGGGCAUCAAGCCCAGAAGUCAACCGGUGGUGGACUUGACGAUGCCUUUGCCGGACUAAGAUUUGGAAAUGUGGCAUCACCCAAGAGCCCGCCGAAUGAUGCCUUUGCAGGGCUUGCAAAUAUGGCAAGCAACAAACCAACUCCCCAAUCCAACCCUGCCUUUCCGAAUUUGAGCGGUGGCAGCUUCUUUGACUCCAAACCAGCCAAACCAGCAGCACUUCAACAGCAGCCAUCCAUGGCGUCGUCUGACAGUUUUGGAGGAUGGGGCUCACCUUCAACCGCGGCUUCUGCUAAACCAGCUCAACCAGCUUCAUCCUCCUUUGGUGACCUAUUUGACCUGUCCAGCCCGGUACCUGUUUCCCAACCCAAAGCACCUCUAUCUCCCCCGAAGCCGUCGGCACCUUCCUCAGGAUUGGAUUCGGUUUUCAACCUGUCAUCUCCAAAGCCCACACCUCAGCCAGCGCCAGUAGCCGGUACGGCGACUUGGAAUAAUUCGGAUGUAUGGGGCAAUGCAUGGGGCGAACCUGCAGCAGCUGCUGCUGCCCCAGCAACGCCAGUUUACAAGAGCCCUGGAGUGAGCAAGCCAUCGCCACUUGGGGGCAGCGGCUUUGGUUGGGGAAGUUCGGGCGGGUCAUUUGCCAACACGGCUAUUGUUCCGGGGCAGUCCGGAGGAUUCAGCACGGCACCCAAAGUAGCAGCUGAUGAAGAAUUCGGUGGUUGGACUAGCAGCACGGGUGGAAACACGGGCACUACCGCCAGCGCUACUGCUAAGCCCGCCAGCGGAUUUGGAAACGAUGAUCUGUUCUCGAAUGUGUGGCAGUAA